CAUUAUCCCUACACAAUGCCCGUUUUAUGCCCUGUAUUUUACUGCGGUCACUACGCUACCAGAGACAAAGAGUACAGAUACUUUAGAUUUCCUAAAGUAAUCACAUCUCAAGGGGAAAAAACGCAAGAACUGACCGAAAAGCGUAGAAAAAAGUGGAUUGCCAAUAUAUCACGUGCAGACUUGACAGAGGAAAAACUUCAACACACACGCGUCUGUAGUUAUCAUUUUAUCACUGGUAAGUUGUUGUCAAGAUUCGAAGAAAAUUAUACUAUAGUUAAUGUUUGGACGUUUAGUGAACAUUUUGCUACAAGUCUGAUAGUAAAUGCUAGUUUAAGUUUCGCAAUGUCGCACUCCACGUGCUAUUUACAAUAGAGAGGUCGCAACCAGUAAACAAAUAAUUUAUUUUGACCAGGAAAUCCAUCAAGCCUUUAUGAUGUUGAGAAUCCUGACUGGGCACCCUCUCUUAAUAUGGGCCAUAAUAAAGUGAAAACAGUGAAGACUCCAACGUCUAAAGAUCGAGCUGAGCGUGUGACGCGCAGAUGUAAGAGGCGCCAAUCUUCCACGACAACACAAACAACUAAAAUAUCUAAAAAUGAUCAAGCACAGAAUGUUGACCAUUCUCAUGAGCACGGCGUUCAAGAAUCAAGUGUAGUACCAGAUACAAAUGUACCACCUGAAGUAAUAGAGAUACCAUCGCCCGAUCUACAGGAAUCACAAACUGAAUCUGCCACUGCUCUUUUCAGGGAAUCCAUAAAUAUUACAGAAUUGUCAACAAAACUCAAUGCGCAAUGCCAGACAGACCUCAGUUCACAAGAUAUCAGCAACAUGGAGGACUACAUCAUUACCACAACAGGCGAGAUAGUUGACUUAAAGAAAAAUGUAAUUGAGUUGGAAACUAAAGUCCUACAGUCAGCGUUGACGAAGGAAAGUUUUACAAAUAAUGAUGCCAAAACAAAGUUUUACACAGGUCUGCCAAAUUUUGCAAUAAUGAUGGCAGUUUUUAAUCUAGUUGCUCCCUCUGUCAUAGCAACAUCAAGAAAUUGUAUACCAAAAUUUUCAGAAUACAUAUUAACUCUUAUGCGUUUGCGUUUAAACCUGCCGUUACAAGAUCUCGCAUACAGAUUUAAAGUCUCUCUUCCUACUGCUGGUAGGAUCUUUGAAAAAUGGGUUGAUGCUAUGAGUGAUAAAUUGGGAUUCUUGAUUUGGUGGCCUGAGCGCGAGGAACUAGGGAAAACAAUGCCCAGAGUUUUCAAGAGAAAUUUUGGAAAUAGGGUUGCUGUGAUAAUAGACUGUUUUGAAGUUUUCAUUGACAGACCAUCUAGUUUAAUUGCAAGAGCAAUGACCUGGAGCAACUACAAACACCACAAUACUGUGAAAUUUUUAAUUGGCAUAACACCACAAGGUGUCAUAUCAUUCAUUUCCCAAGCUUGGGGUGGUAGAGUAAGUGACAAAUAUUUAACAGAGAACAGUGGGCUUCUCAAAAACUUGCUGCCUGGGGACAUUGUACUGGCAGAUCGUGGUUUUGAUAUCUCUGAUAGUGUUGGCCUUUGUCAAGCAUCCCUAAAAAUUCCAGCCUUCACCAGGGGAAAAAAUCAACUUUCAGCACUAGAUGUUGAAGAAACAAGGAAGAUUGCAAACGUUCGGAUUCACGUAGAAAGGGUGAUUGGUCUGGUACGAAGGAAAUACACAAUAUUACAGACAAUUCUACCUAUUGAAUUCGUGACCGCAAGACAUGGGAAAGCUGAAGCCCCUAUUGACAAAAUUGCUCGUGUAUGCUGUGCGCUUACUAAUUUAUCAGACUCAGUUAUCCCCUUAGUGUAAAUAACACAUUUAUCUAAUUGC